AUGCCACCUCCUCAGGAUAGCGUCGGCGCUCCAAGCACCCACCCAUUCACAUGUAACACCUGUCAGGUAGCGUUUCGAGGGAGUGAUGCCCAGAGAGCCCAUAUGCGUGGUGACUGGCACCGAUAUAAUCUCAAGCGCCGGGUGGCGUCCCUCCCACCGUUGUCUUCAGAAACGUUUGCAGAUAAGGUCCUUACUGUUCAGGCAUCUAACUCUGCAGCGGCUGCUAGAGCCACUUUUGAACGAACUUGCGCAGCCUGCCAGAAGACAUAUUUCAGCGAAAAUGCUUUUAUAAAUCAUAUGGGUAGCCAAAAGCACCGACUCAAGGAGGCUAUCUCCAAGAAAAACGGGACAUUGUUAGAUGACUCGGCGUCCGUGGUUAGCGGAACCUUUUCUAUGGGGGAGCCAAUAAACGCUCCCACUAAUGUGAUUUCUCCCGAGACUAUCGUUGAAGAGGAAUUUUCAACCAUCAUCGAAGGCAUGAAAGACACUUCCUUAGAUGUGGAAGACCCUGUACUAGGAAGGACUCACAGACCCAGUCAAUCGCAGGUCAACGAUCGUCGUCACCCUUCUAUUGCAAAUGAAAUGGCAAUAUCUCGAUGUCUUUUCUGCAAUUGCGAUUCCUCCGAUAUCCACGAAAGUAUAUCGCACAUGCACAAAUCACAUGGGAUGUUCAUACCAGAGCAAGAUUACUUGGUGGAUUUAACUGGUCUGAUUAAAUACCUCCAAGCAAAAGUUAUCCAAAAUAAUGAGUGCUUGUACUGUCAUAAGUUAAAAUCCACAGUGCCCGGAAUUCAAACGCAUAUGAGAGACAAGGGUCAUUGUAUGAUUGCCUUUGAGUCCGAAGAAGAGAUGAUAGAAAUUGGUCAAUUUUAUGACUUUACCGGUACAUAUUCGGAUGAUGAAGAUGAGCCUUUGGAGAGAAGAGCCGGCCUUCCUAAUGGUGCUACCGGAGAAGAUGACGGCUGGGAAACAGACACUUCUGUCUCUUCAGUUGACUCAGCGGAACUUGGUGCAAUGCCUAUCGACGAUCAUUCACAUCUAUACUCCAAACUUUCGAAACAUAAACAUCACUCGAACGAGCCCCGCUCUCAUCGUUCUGUAGAUGGCUUCCACUCCCAUGCACACGAGCAUUCUCGAGCUGUUUUCUAUUCUGAUUUUGAGCUACAUUUACCGUCUGGACGUACGGCCGGUCAUCGUUCGCUCGCCAAAUACUACAAACAGAAUCUUCAACACCACCCACCUCCGGCAGAACAAACACGCCAGAAAGCCAUAGAAGCAGGACCCGCUGAUAAUGAGGAAGAAGAAUCUACCAAUUCCCACAAUAGCAAUAGAGCACUAGUCUCUAGAGCGAACGGCGGUAUUGGUAUGCUUGGUGCAACUGCGAGUCAGAAACGAGAGGUUCGGGCCGCAGAAGUCAGGGAUCGCAAGCGAGAAAAGAGAUCCAUGCGUGACUUUCAGUGGUCUAUUUCGAAAAGAAGUAAUCACCAAAAACACUUUAGAGACCCUCUUCUGCAGUGA